AUCCUACACAAGCAUCCAAUGCUUCUCCGCAACAACCAUCCUCGACGCUAUUGAAGAAAAUGCAAAAGAAGGCAGCGACGACGAAGCGGACCAUUGCGUUCGAUCCUUUCUCGCCGGUUGGCAGCAAGGUGGCCAUUUUCACGAGGUGUACGGUGGGAAUGAUGAUCCGUUCCUGAGUUGCAUAACGCGUUGCAUGAAGCAUGCGGUUGAGAUAGAUGAGGAACUGCAGCAAUCACUGCAAGAGGGUGACAUUGUGUUCGCUCCGUUUGACGGUUAUUUCUACCGUGCCGUCGUCACGAAGGUCGAGGGAUGGAAUGGUACCGUGGUGUUCCCUGAUUUUGGAAACUUGGUAACCCUCCCUUGGCGCCAGAUGAAGGAAAUUCUGGGAGCUGUUGAACAUUUCCUCAACGAGCUGGUCGAGGCGCACCAGUUUGAGUUAACGCUUGUGGAGGACGGUCCCACGUCGGGUGUUAAAACGGUGGAGUUGCGUCACGUCGAGUCACAGUAUCUUUUGGGCGCCAAAGUGCGUUCCAUGACAAACCCCAUGGCAGUGAAAACGAUCAAGCUCGAGGCAACGGAUCCUGCAACGUACAAACCCGUUUACGAAAGUGAGUUCGAUGAAGCUUCCUUCCGGUCUGACAUUCAAUAGCACGAGGAACAAGAGCUCGUCAUAAUGGAAGUGUCCGAGUUUGCCACCAGCCAUCAGGUUGGUGCAAUCUUGGCCAAUUCCGAGGCUGCUUUCGCCAACAUGAUGCGGGAGUGUCAAGAGUACGGCCAGUUUAAUCGGAACGAAUAGUUAGGAGAGCCCGAACAUAACUAUGGAUGUUUGGUAAACUUC